GCUAUCAUUCCAAUGGUCGAAAAUUAUAUAAAGAUCUCAAGAAAGAAGGAUAUCGAUUUCCAUUCAAAAAAGUUCAUGAAUGGUUGCAUAACCAGAAUGAGUGGCAAAAGUAUGCUCCGUCACCGAAAAAUAUUUCACGAGUUAGUUAUGGUAAAAUUUCAUGCCCAAACUGUGUACAUCAGUGCGACCUCUUAUUUCUUACGCAUGACCACUACAAAAAUAAAAAAUGGAUAGCAGUACUUAACAUAAUAGAUGUGGCUAGCAGAUUCAAAGCGAGUGUUCCUCUCACAUCGAAAAAUAGUUUUGAAGUUGCUAAAGCCUUUAAGAAAAUUUAUAAUGAUCCCAAUAACCCUCUUACAUACCCAACACUUCUACAAUGUGAUGGUGGUAAAGAAUUCAUGGGUGAAACUGCUCGAUUAAUGGAAGCGCAUAAUGUCACAAUUCGAGUAAUUGGUGCAUAUAGCCACAGAGGAUUGGCUCUUGUGGAACGCUUCAAUAAAACUUUAGCAGAAAUACUAUAUAAAGUUCAAUAUGCUGUCGAAAGUAUAACUUCGAACCCUAAAUUAAUAAGAGA